AUUCCACGCCAUGUCAUUCAAGUUCGGGCUCAAUGUGAAGAACAAACUCGCCAGCGGGCCCGCAAAGCCCGGGCUUGCAAAGAAAAAGAAACUCUUACUGGGCGACGACGAAGACCCCAAAGGCAAAGGGAAAGCCAAAGCCGACUCGAACGUGCAAGAGAUCAGCGACUUCAACUUCGACGCGACGCUCGCCUCGUCGUCGGAGCCCUCGAAACCUGCCGCGCCCAAGCCCAAGAAAGGCGAGCCCCCGGCCCCGCCCACGAAGAAAGCAACAGCCAAAGCCGACGACCCCACAACCAUCGGCUACUCCGCCAGCGCCCUCGAAGCCGAACAGCGCGCGCUCGAGGCCGCCAAGCAGGAUGCCUCCCUCUACGACUACGACGCCGCCUACGACGCCAUCCACGCGCGCCAGGCCGCCGUGGCCGCCGCCGCCCGCGAAGACGCCGCCGCGCGCAAGCCAAAGUACAUCGACGCGCUCUUCUCGGCGUCGGAGCAGCGCAAGAAAGACCAGCUGCGCGCGCGCGACAAGCUGCUCGCCCGCGAGCGCGAAGCCGAGGGCGACGACUUCGCCGACAAGGACGCCUUCGUCACGGGCGCCUACAAAGCGCAGCAGGAAGAAGCGCGCCGCGCCGAGGAGGAAGAGCGCGUGCGCCUCGAGGAAGAAGAGCGCCAGAAGGCAAAGUUCGGCAUGCAGGGCUUCCACAAGCAGAUGCUGCUGGAGCAGGAACAGCGGCACGCGGAAGCGAUGGCGUACGCGGCCGCCGCGGCCGCCAAAGGCGAGACCCUCGUCGUCGAGGAGGAGAAGACGGAUCGCCAGAUCGCCGAGGAGGCGCGCCGCCAGGGCCGGACGGUCACGCUCAACGACGCCGGCGAGAUCGCGGACAAGCGGCAGCUGCUCAGCGCGGGGCUCAACAUCGUCGCCCCGCCGAAGCGCGCAUCCGCUGCGGGGGCUACUGAGAAACCCGCGCCGAGCCCGCUGACGCACCAGCCGCGGGCCGCGAAGCACGCGCAGCGCGAGCGCCAGACGGCCAUGGUCGCGGAGCAGAUCGAGGCGGCGGCGAAGCGCAAGGCGGACGAGGACGCCGAGGAGGCGGCGCGGGUGCAGCGCGCGGCCAAGAGCCAGAAGACGGCGGGCGAGAUUAGCAGUGCGAAGGAGCGGUACUUGCAGCGCAAGGCGGAGGCGGCGAGGGCGAAGGCGGAGGCGGCGGGGAAGUGAGGGAGGUGGAAUGUGAUACCCAGAAUCAGAUUACGUUGUAGUAUACAGGUCGAGUCGGCGAUGGAGUGCGUGGGAUGGGGAGCAGACACUGCCAACUGCCAACGCUGCCACCAGAAUCGCGAAGCCAAUGUGUCGUUUGGAAACGCAAGCCACACUCUCUUUCCUCUUCACUUUCAUCAUCUCCCCCUUUUCCUUUCUUCACCUUUUCCCUUCCUUCUCCCUCUUUAUCUCCCCCCCCCCCCUAAAUCCCCCCAAAAACAUCCUCCCG